AUGGAGAGAUGGAACCACACUUCCAAUGACUUCACUUUGUUGGGGCUGUUUCCCCAAAACCCAACCGGUGCCCUGCUCCUGUCACUCAUCAUCUUGGUGUUCCUUCUCGCAAUGGCAGGCAACUCAACCAUGAUCCACCUCAUCCGCAUGGACACCCGGCUGCACACACCCAUGUACAUCCUGCUCAGCCAGCUCUCACUCAUGGACCUGAUGUACAUCUCCAGCACCGUGCCUAAGAUGGCCUUCAACUUCAUCUCUGGACAGAAAGCCAUCUCCUUCCUGGGCUGUGGGGUGCAGAGUUUCUUCUUCCUGACCAUGGCAUGCUCAGAAGGCUUGCUCCUGGCCUCUAUGGCCUACGACCGGUUCGUAGCCAUCUGCCACCCCUUGCACUACCCAGUGCGCAUGAGCAGGCGCCUGUGCGUGAAGAUGAUCCUAGGAUCCUGGGCCCUGGGCUCUUUCAACUCCUUGGCACACACAGCCUACGCCCUGCACAUUCCUUACUGCAGGUCCAGGGCCAUUGACCACUUCUUCUGCGACGUCCCAGCCAUGCUGCCUCUGGCCUGCAUGGACACCUGGGUGUAUGAGUACAUGGUCUUUGUGAGCACCAGUCUCUUUCUCCUCCUGCCUUUCCUGGGCAUCACUGCUUCCUACGGUAGGGUUCUCUUUGCUGUCUUCCAAAUGCGCUCACAACAGGGGAGAACCAAGGCCUUCACCACGUGUUCCACUCAUCUAACCGUGGUGACCUGUUACUACGCGCCCUUUGUCUACACCUAUCUGCGGCCCAGGAACCUGCGCUCCCCAGCAGAGGACAAGGCCCUGGCUGUCUUCUACACCAUCCUCACCCCCAUGCUCAACCCCAUCAUCUACAGCCUCAGGAACAAGGAGGUCCUGGGGGCUGUGACCAGGGUGUUCGGGAUUUUCCCUUCCCGGAAGCAGUAG